AUGGCGAGUUCAUCAUAUAUCGCGCCUGAAGCCAACAUGGCGCCGAGCUCCUCCUCGGAAACUGGUUUUUCAGGAGGAAGGAACGCCCUCGCUGGCCCAACUGGAGAGAAUUUCAGCCAGUAUCAGAUUCAAAUCUCCCGAAGCCCAAGCACGGAGUAUGAUCCGACCGGAGAUGGGAUCGUGGAAUAUUCACCUUCAGAGGACGAAGAGGAGGAAGACGACAUCGAAUCCUCAUUCUUGUACCAAGAAAGAAGGGUUGCUGCUAGCCCAUCUCCAGCAGAAAGCACACCCCCGACCGAGUACGCCGCUUCAUCCAAAUCCACGACUCCAGCCAAGAAGACUACCCUCAAGAAGACUCCCAUAAAGGAGACUUCCAUCAAGAGUACUCCGCCCAGCUCGCCUCCUACCAAGGUGAAGCUCGAACUCAAGGGAACGCCCCCGGCCCAAGCCCAACAAUCCAAGAAGCGAUAUCUCACGGCCUCACCCCAUAGGUCCCUCAAGAGUACAUCGUCAAAGCCAAUCCUGGUAGACUUCCACCCUCGCAACUCCAGCCUCGAGCAGAUCCAGGCCCUCAGAGCGCGCCUCGACAUGGGCGAGGAACUCGUCUACAAGACCCAGGUAAACCUCCUCCAGUGGCAAAACAACAUCGAAGCCCAAGUCAAGGACCUAAAGGAAGAAGUCCGCGAAACUAACAUCGAGACGAAGAAGCGCCAGGACAAGCUCCAAGACCAGCAGGACCAGCUCGAGGAAAAACAAGAGGUGACCGAUUCCCGCAGCGCCAGAAACGAGCGCCGCCUCGCAGAGGUCGAGAUCACCAUCGAGGACGUCAUCGGGAAGCCUCCCAACCUGCCCGGCCUCUUCCCGCCUGGACACUCGUCGUACUUUAGUGGACCGACGAGUCCCAGCCGUCUCCCCGGGGCCUGGGGCCCCCGAAGCAGCCGCAGCUCGCGCACGUCGCGUACGGGCUCGGCGGCUCCUCUUCCCAGCAUCGAGAUAAGCGAUGCGGUGAAGAGUAUCAAGCCAACCUUGGGUGGUCGCUCCAGCUACUCAGUGGAUACUGCCUCUCCCCCGGAUAUGUCCCCUUCAAUUGGUUCCAAGAGAAAGUCUGAGGACUUGGAGUCUGACGAGAAGGACGCCGAGGUCAGGGGAGCGAAGAAGCAGAAGAAGACGACUAGCAAGGCCAAAAAGCAGCCGGCGAAGAAGAAUACCGCCAACACAACCAAGGCCGCACCCAAGAAGACUACCACCCCGCCGCAGUCACAGAAGCGCAAGGCGGAGGAGGAUCUCGAAGCGUGCGGCAAAGACACCAGAAAGAAGGACUCAAGCGAUGAGGACACCCAAUCUCCUGACAAUAGGCCAGCCGAGAUGACUCCAAACGCUCCGCUUUACGGCGGCUGCGAGCCCAUGAGCCCUUCCCCCCUUCCCAAGGAGACAGAUACUGCGCCCAAGGGCCAUAAGCGCAAAGCAGAAGAGGAGGUCGAAGAUGACGGCAAAGAUGAGGGGAAGAAGAACCGAGACAAUGAAUCUGGCAAGAGGCCCAUCAAGAAGGUCAAGACGGUCAAGAAGUCCGGAACCGAGCCCAAACAGGCUGUUACCACAUCCAAGAAGACAGAUACAGUGCCCAAGGGUCAGAAGCGCAAGGCAGAAGAGGAAGUCGAAGAGGGCGGCAAAGAUGAAGGAGAGAAGAAUCAAGACGACUCGUCUGACAAGAGGCCCAACAAGAAGGUCAAGACGGCCAAGAAGCCCGACACCAAGCCCCAACAGACUGCCUCCACAUCCAAGAAGACGACUACCAAGCCCAAGGGCUCGAGGAGCAAAGUAGAGAAGCCCCCCAAAGAGAACGACGGGAAGACGGCGAGGAAGGAUGCCAAGGAGGAUAUCAAGGAGGUAGAGGAGAAGCCUGUCAAAGCUCCGAAGAAGAGAACUGCCAAACCAGUCAAGCCGGCAGUGCCGGGAACCAGAACUGGCCUUCGCAGUCAGAAGAAGGAGGGUGCUCCCGCUUAG